AAUUCAAAAUCGAACAAUCGCCCGCUGUACACAUGCCCUGUUGGUUCUAAUAAUUUUUUUUUGGUGGUACCUUGUGUUGUCAAUUCACAAAUGUCAUUCAUUCCACAUAACCUCAAAAUCUAACAUUUUGUGUUGAUAACAUUAUUUUUGCCGAGCGAUUUCUUCAAAAUUCAGAAUGGCAUUGAAUUUUGUGUCAAAGCUGUUUUCAACAGUGCGUGUAUUUGCAUCGCCAAUGGAAUCAAUUGCACGAUUCCACUCAUUGGCUCAGGGAACAUCGAUGCAACCAACAGCUGGUGGUGCAUGGAGUUUAAUUUCCGUGCGAACAAAUAUUCGAAAUCAUUUUCCUAAGCCGCGAGAAAAUAAGAGAUUGAUGUUACACGGUUUCCAUCAACGAAUGAAAACGAGAGGUGGACGACUGAUUAUCAUGCGACGUAUUUUGAAGGGAAAACACGUUUUGUCUCACUGAAAAGAAUUCAUCGGAAUUCAUCAAUCAACUUAGUUGUUCAUUUGUAAAAAAAUAAAUAAAUAAAUUUAGAUUCAAAAACGAAAGUAAAAA